UACAGUUUACUAUGGAGACAGACCAUUACUCCCAGCCCCUGUUCCCGGGCAGUCUCUGAUUGACGGAGAUUCGUUCCCAGGCUUAUGCCGCUUUGUAUUCGCCAGGUGCCUUCGAGGAAAGUGAUAGUGAGAUCUUACAAGCCAUUCAAACACUGAAUGGACAGCUUGGAGCAUGGCGAAUGGCUAUUUCGCCGAACCAUCGUCCCAAGCUUUUCUUCUGUUCUGCCACCGGCGUUGGUCGUGAGGGCGCAAACAUGCGGGCGGUGAUGCUUCGUCUUGAAUUUCACCACUGUCUGGCUUACGUCCAUCAGGCGAGUGCUCGGUGCGAGUCAUGGGGUCGCCGACCAAGAGUAGAGCUCGAGGGGGUCAGCUCGAGCCUAGAGAUUUCUCUGUCAGCGUGUCGAUCCUCCUUACAAUUCCUGCUUGCGGUGAAGCAGGUUUUGCAACCUAAAGUCUUUUGGCUUAUCGUGUUCUAUCCCCUGAUUGCUGUGCGGAGAAUCCUAUGGAGCAACCAGGCGAACCCAAACUCACGGACUGUGGCGAGUGACUUUGCCCUGAUUGGUCAGAUUUCAGGAAUUCUCAAUGGCCUAGCCACACAGGCAACACUGCAGAAUGAAGGACUGGGGUUUGAAAACCGAGCAUGUAUUUCAUUGCAGACCUUGAACGCGCAGUCCGACAUUUAAUCACCGAAAGUACCUCAGUGGCUACCAGACAGCGCAGCACGGACAUCGCAGCUUGACUCCACCGCAUACGGAUGCAGGAACAUUUAGUAAUGUAGCAGUUGUUUCGGUUUGAUUGCUCUCACUGUACUAUCACAUAGUUAUUCACCGUUGGCCUUGCGUCUUCU